CUUUAAAACCCAGGAUAAUGUUCUACAAUACACCGAAACAGCAACUUGGAUUAGACAUCACACACACCUACUUCGCAAUGGCAGUUUUUGAGAGAACCAUCAAGGGAGGAUGAUGAACUCAUAAGAAAAACUCGACCACGUGUGGUAAUGGCACCAGCACUCUCUCUUGACGAUGCUGCUGAAGUACUUGGAAAGAAUGAAUUAGAUCUACUACUUGCAUACACUUACAACUCCACUUGGGGUAAAGAUUCAAAGGAAGCUGCUCGUUGUAUUCCCAAGAAACCUGUUUUAAAUACGACAUAUGAGACUAAUGCAGAUCAAGUUCGUUACCAACCAGAAAAAACUGAUACUGUUGAGUGUCCUCCAUAUAAAGCAUUGCAGGUAAAGGUCCCAACAGAAAAACCUGAAGAGUUGUAUUCUGAACAGAGAGGGACAGAAGGGCAGUCAGACAUCACAACUGAAAAUUGUGAACUGAGGAUUGCUCAUGACCUGCCAAAAUCAGGAUAUUCAGGCUACAUGCCUAGACAUGUAGCAAAUAUUCCACUUUGCAAACCAAAAUAUUCUGUUACAGAUGUACGGGUCUCUGUAAGCCAAGCUGUGACAAUGAGAACUGGAUCAAAAGAAAUCUGUUGAUUACUUGCCAGUAAGAACAUGCACAGGAUAAAUAUUGAUACUAUUUUCACAGUGAAAUAAAUGUCAAAAGCUUUUACAAAAUCUGGAGUAUUACU